CGCGUGCGCAGUGGCGCGGGAGGCGGAGUGGAGGCUGAUCGCUCUCGAUCCGCUGCCCUGUGCCCUCCAUCCCUCGGCGAUCAGACAGACGCAGACCGGCGCUAAAAACGGGGAGGUUUCGCGGAGGAUGGGGAGACGGAGCGGCUGCUGAGGAAGGAAGUCUGAUGUGGAUGCUGAGCCAGAAGGGAGUCCAGGCAGCAGCAGCAGCAGCAGCAGCAGCAGCAGCAGCAGCAGCAGCAGGGCUGUAGAUGCCCUCUCUCCAGGUCCCGCCCCCCCUCAGGCCCCUGCGGGAGAGCCGGGACAGAGAGGAGACAGCUCCGACUCUGACUCUGACAGUCCUGUAGACUCCAGCUCCUGCGAGGGGGAAGAGGAGGAGGGGGAGGAGGAGGAGGAGGAGGAAGACGAAGAGGAGGAGGAAGACGACCCCACCAUGUUUUCCUCCAAAUUCCUUAGCGGGGCCAAUCCCCUCAAUGCGGUGUCCUCUGCUGUAAAUAAGUUUAGCUUGUUUGGAGACGAUGGGGAGGGGGAGAAGAAGCCACCCGGAGAACAGCAGCAAGGAGCAGGUCCUGGGAAAGAUCCGAAACAGCAGCAAGGACAGCAAAAACUGGGCCAAGCCCCCCCUAUGCAAAAGAACCAGCCUGCUCCAAAGCAAGGAUCAGCCCAACUGCAAGGAAAUGGACAGACUGGUCCCUCAAGCAAGAGUGCAGGACCACAAGCUACUCCAAAGGCAGGGACACAACCCGAAGGCCAGCUGAAAGGAGAGCCCCCCAAAAACCAACCGAAGGGUCCCGGACAGCAAGGUUCACCUAAGCCUGGAGCUCAGCAGCAAAAUGUGAUGAAGAGCGGGCCACAGCAAGGAUCUCCAAAGGCGCCUUCUCACCAGGUUUCACCAAACACAAGGCCACAGCAAGGCCCUGCCAACACCGGCGUGCAGCAGAAGGAGCCUGCAAAGACUGGGGUGCAAGGGUCAACGAGGGUCGGGCCUGAGCCCACUAAACAACAGCAGGGAUCACCUAAAGCUGGACAGCAGCAGCAGAAAGGCGCGGGGCCUCCUCCCAAGCAGCAGGCGUCUGAUCAGCGCGGGCCUGUGCAGCAAGGCAGUAAAGGACCUGGUACUUCUGGCACGUCGCCAGCCGUGUCAUCAUCACCUGGAACAACUAAAGCGAGAGCUCAGUCGAAGUCUCUUUGCCCAGUUUGCAAAACAACAGAACUUAAUCUGCAUACCAAGGAGCCGCCUAACCAUAAAACAUGCACUCAGUGUAAGACUGAAGUCUGCAGCCUGUGUGGCUUCAGCCCUCCAGACUCUGAUGGGCGUGAGUGGCUUUGUCUUACCUGCCAAAUACAGAGAGCUCAAGGAACGUCCGAGGCACCAAGACCACCCAUGAACAAACCUUCACCCAACAAAACGCCUGCUUCUCAAAACCAAACGCCAUCUCCCGCUGGACCCGUCAAAAAGGAAAUAGACGGACCGAGUUCUUCUCAGAACAUGCAGCCUACAUCAGGGAAAGCUCCAGCCAAGGAGAAUGUUGCUAAAGGUCAAGAAAGUAAAAAACAAGGCAGUCCAGCCCCUGUUCAAAAAAUGACCCCCGAGACCCAGAGGACAUCUCAAAAACCAAACCAGGCUGCUGAAGUAGGACGGAAGCAAAGCGGUGCCACUCCAGCUCCCCAGCAGGAGUCAGGGGGAUUUUUUGGCUUUGGCGGUGCAAAAACUGAAGCUGCAAAGCCAGAGGAAUCUGUGACUGGGAAGAUGUUUGGUUUUGGGUCCUCUAUUUUUAGCUCCGCUUCUACUUUGAUUUCGUCUGCUGUUCAGGAUGAGCCUAAAACUACGCCACCAGUUUCUCCUAAAAUACAAUCAACAAAAGAGAAUAAGCCGUCUCCGAAACUUUCAAAGCCAGAGCAAGAGAAGAAACAAGAGCAAUCUCAGCAGACAAAGGUUCAGCCAGCCAGCCCAGGAAAAAUGGAAAAGCCCCCUCCAACAGGGAAAUCCUCCUGUCCUAUCUGUCAGAUGGGACUCAACACGGGCUCAAAGGACCCUCCCAACUACAGCACCUGCACAGACUGCAAAAGCACUGUCUGCAAUCAGUGUGGAUUUAACCCCAUGCCAAAUGUCAAAGAGGGAAAGGAGUGGCUUUGUCUGAACUGCCAGGUAAAACGAGCUGCUGGAAGUGCUGAGCUGCAAAGGGAUACCCCUCCGGUUACUUCUUUAAAGAAGCCUACACCAACGCAGCCUGCACCACAGAAGACGUCUGCACCAGGAUCUCCGCAGAAGAAAGAAUCAACACCAGCAACACCGCCUGCUAAGGCUGAAGCGACAGACAGCCAAAAAAAGGGCGCCCCAGCUCCCGCUCAGACGGUUCCUCAAGGGAGUCAGAAGACAGGUCCUCAGAAACAACCGGAUCAAAGUGGACAAAAGCAAGAGUCUGGAGGUUUCUUUGGUUUUGGUGGUCCAAAAAGUCAAACCGAUGCUUCUAAGCCUGCAGAGUCAGUGACGGGGAAAAUGUUUGGUUUUGGUUCUUCUUUUUUAAGCUCAGCAUCCACUUUAAUUUCCUCGACUGGUGAUGAGCUUAAAAAUACUCCUCCAGUUUCUCCUAAGAUGUCUCCAGCUAAGGAUUCCAAAUCUCCCUCCAUCAAAAAGCCUGAACAAGACAGGAAACCGGAGCAACCACAGCAAGCCCAGGGCCCACAAUCCCAACCACCGAAAGGAGACAAACCUCCACCAGAGCCGUCGAAGAAAGUUCCAGCUUCGCCAGUUGUUUCCAAGUCAGGCCCGUCGACGUGUCCGCUCUGUAAGCUGGAACUCAAUGUCGGCUCGAAGGAUCCUCCCAACUACAGCAAGUGUACUGAAUGCAAAAACACUGUCUGCAACCAGUGUGGAUUUAAUCCCAUGCCAAAUGUUAAAGAGGUGCAAGAGUGGCUAUGUCUGAACUGUCAGAUGCAGAGAGCUCUAGGAGCAUCUGAGCCUCCGGGAACUCCCUUGAUGAAACUACAAGCUUCACCAAAUAAAGCCAAUGUACCUGCCAGUACUGCAAAGAAAGAAACUUCCCCACCAGAAAAAUCUCCGAUGAAGAGCAGCAUCCCAACACCUGCUGAAUCUAAAACAAAUCAGGCCUCUCCUUCAGGCUCCCCUCAGAGAAAACCACAAGCAUCUCAGCCGGCAGCAAAGACUGAAGCUCCGAAAGGACCCGAAAGUCAAAAACAGGCCAGCCCGGCUGCUGCUCAGAAAGGGUCACAGCAGGAUCAGAAGACAGCUCCCCAGAAACCCCCCAACCAGACAAACCAACAGGGACCUAAAAAAAGCAGCAUUACAUCCACACAAGAGGAAUCUGGCGGGUUCUUUGGGUUUGGAGGUCCCAAACCUCACCCUGACGUUGCAAAGCCUUCUGAAUCACUGGGUGGGAAAAUGUUUGGCUUUGGGUCUUCAUUAUUCAGUUCUGCAUCUACUGCAAUUAACACAGCAGUCCAAGGUGAAACAAAAACAACACCACCAGUUUCACCCAAGAUGCCUGCUGCGAGCGCAACCAAAUCCCCGUCCGUUCCGAAAAUUGAGAAGGAGAAUAAAGUGAAUCAAGUUCAAGAACCCAAACCCUCUCUGCUGUCGCAAACCAAAGUAGAAAAAGGGCCGCCAGAGCCGAAGAAAGAUGCAGGAACUUUCCCAACCAUUCCUAAGGAAGGUCCAGCAGCCUGUCCACUUUGUAAGACAAACCUUAACUUUGGCUCCAAGGAACCUCCCAACUACAACAAAUGCACUGAAUGCAAAAACACUGUGUGUAACCAAUGUGGAUUUAACCCAAUGCCAAAUGUAACUGAGGUAAAGGAAUGGCUAUGCCUCAACUGUCAAAUGCAGAGGGCUCUCAGUGCAUCUGAACUCACUGCACCUCCAGCGAAAUCACAAACUGGAGCCAACAAAAUCCCUCCAACUGCUGCCCAACAGAAAACAACAGCUCCUGGUCAAGAAGCCUUGAAGAAGGAAACAUUGAAAUCCGACCACCCUCCAAAGACUGAGACUCCAGUGCCUGAUACAUCUCUAAAGAAGGGGGGCUCCACAACAGGCUCUCCUCAGAAAACACAGACUACAUCAGUAACACCUACAACUAAACCUGCUCGUGGACCAGACAGUCAGACACAGGCUAGCCCAGCUCCUGGUCAGAAAACUGAAGAAAUCACGGGGACAUCAGGUCCUCAGAAACAAACUGACAAGGCCGGUCAACCUGGGCAGAGCAAGGUCACCUCAAAAGCGCCGGAGACCGGGAAACAGCCCGGCCCGAAAACAGGGCCUGAUGCAUCGAAGACAACAGAGUCCAUAGGUGGAAAAAUGUUCGGCUUUGGUUCCUCUAUUUUCAGCUCAGCAUCCACUUUGAUAUCAUCUGCCGUUCAAGACGAAUCGCGCGCUACACCACCGGGAUCUCGAAAGAUGUCUGCACCACCUCAGGUCUCACCCAAGUUGUCUGCUUCACCCAAGAUUUCCCCAAAAAGCACACCGACUGCAUCCCCAAAAAUGUCGCCUGCAAGACAGCUCAAAACACAAAUGCCAGAGGAGGAGAAGAAGAAAGAUGAAUCCAAUCAGAGCAAAGAUAAUAAAGCUCAGCCAGAGGUGCCAAAGACAACAACAGCGUCAAAAGUGGCUCCAGAUGCAGGCAAGACCAGCUGUCCACUGUGUAAAGUUGAGCUUAAUAUUGGCUCCAAGCUUCCUCCCAACUACAACACCUGCACAGAGUGCAAAACCACCGUCUGCAACCAGUGUGGAUUUAACCCCAUGCCUGUUGGAGAGGUAAAAGAGUGGCUUUGCCUGACUUGUCAGAUGAAAAGAGCAGUUGCAGCUCCGGAACCUCCUACGUUGAAAUCACAAAUAUCACCUAAAAAAGUCCCAACACCUGCUGCAGUUCAGUUGACAGACUCCAAACCAGCUGCUGCUCAAGUAAAGGAAAGUCCUGCUGUAGAGAAGAAGCCAUCAGAACCGGUCCUUACACAGAGGAAGCAAUCCACGGCCUCAGUGAAAUCUAACAAAUCUGAAGCUUCCGCUCCUCUACAGAAUCAAGCCAGUACGAAACCUGUUCAAGAAAAACAGAAAGCAGCUCCUGAGAAACCGCCGGAUAAUGCAAAUCAGCCCGGACGCAAGCUGAGUAAUGCCACCGCAGCAGCACAGCAAGAGUCAGGAGGCUUCUUUGGCUUUGGAAGCAGUAAAACUCAACCUGAUGCUGAAAAACCAACAGAGAAAGUAACUGGAAAAAUGUUUGGAUUUGGAUCUUCCCUUUUCAGUUCUGCAUCAACUUUGAUUACCUCAGCUGUUCAGGACCAACCCAAGACAACUCCCCCUGUCUCCCCCAAGCUGUCUCCUGCAAAGGACUCUAAAACACCUGUUAAGAAAGCAGAACAAGAAAAGAAACCAGAACAACCACAAGCAAAAGAUCCACCGCCAGCGAAACAAUCAGCAACAGAGAUGAAGACCUCAGCUUCUGGGAAAGUGGAGCAGGAAAAGAAGACUGAGUCACCACAGCUGCCCAAGACAGGACAGGAAAAAGUGGACAAAGCCCUGUCGGAGCCUCUGAAGGCCCCUGAAGUAGCAAACAGACCAGAUCAGUCUGCCUGCCCACUCUGUAAGGUCCAGCUCAACAUAGGGUCCAAAGAUCAACCCAACUACAAUACAUGCACUGAAUGCAAGAACACUGUCUGCAACCAGUGUGGAUUCAAUCCCAUGCCAAAUGAAACAAAGGUAAAGGAGUGGUUGUGUCUUACCUGCCAAAUGCAACGUGCUCUUGGAGAAACCCAGCCUAAAGGAGUCACUUCUGUUACCCCUGCAAAACCUCAAUCGAGAGAACCCAGUCCAGCUGAAGCUGCAAAGAAACAACCAUCAGCUCCUCAGUCACCCCAGAGGAAAUUAUCUGCAACACCACAACCAGUCACUUCUGAGGCUGCUGAUAAGCCAGCGGUUAAGAAACAAGCCAGCCCGGUUUCUCCGAAGAAAAUGCCACAGGAACCCCAGAAAUCCGCACCACCCGACAAAUCACCAGUUCAGACGAAGCAAGCGGAACGAAAGCAGAGUAAUGCUGCAACGGUGACACAGAAAGACUCCGGAGGCUUCUUUGGUUUUGGCAGUGGUAAAACUCAGCCUGAAACAGAAAAACCUGCAGAGUCAGUGACUGGGAAAAUGUUUGGCUUUGGUUCCUCCAUCUUCAGUUCUGCAUCUACAUUAAUUACUUCCACUGUCCAGGACCAGCCAAAGACUACUCCACCAGUUUCUCCGAAGAUGACCCCUGCUAAAGAGGUGAAAUCCCCUGCUGCACAAGUGAAGAGCAAGCCAGAACAACCCCAAGAGGAAAAGGCACCUCCUUUGGGGCAAACGGACAAGGAUAAAGCCCCAUCAAAGCCUCAGAAGGCUGGAGAAACCUCCCAUGCCCCGGCACGACCUGGUCAAUCAACCUGUCCACUCUGUAAGGUUGAAAUGAACGUGGGUUCCAAGGAUCCUCCCAAUUACAACACCUGUACUGAGUGUAAAAACACUGUCUGCAACCAGUGUGGAUUUACCCCCAUGCCAAAUGAGUCUGAGAUGAAAGAGUGGCUGUGUUUGACUUGUCAGAUGCAAAGAGCCAUCAAAGCAACUGAAUCAAUACAGCCUCCUCUGAUGAAACCUCAGGCAUCACCCAGCAAAGUGUCCACAACUGCUUCCACUGAAAAAGAUGCUGCUGCCAGCCAAAAGAAAGACACAGAAAAAGUUGAAGCUUCACGCAAGAAUGAGGAUAAGCCGACGCCGGAAGCAACGCAAAAGAAAUUGGAUGUCAGAGAAGACACGACUCCUACUCCAAAACUUGUAAAAGACAACCAAGCUGCUAUUUCAGCUCCAAAAAAAGAGGAGAAAGUUCCCGCCCCAGGACCCAAAGGGGUUGCAGCCGCCACUGCACCUCCAAGCAAAGAAAUAGUGACUGCAGACAUAAAGCCACCUCAGUCUGCUCCUGCUGCCCCAGACUCCACAAAACUCGAAGGCUCAGCCAAACUAGUUUCAGAAAUAAAAGAGCAGAAAGAUGGAAAGGUUGAGAAGCCAGUUGAUAAAGUAAGAAAAUCCUCGGACGGACAGCCCCAACAAGCCCCUAUGAAGAUCUCAGAACCAGAUGAACCGUCAGCUCCCAAAAAUGCUUCACCAGCAGCAGAGAAAACCAAUCAAGAAUCAGAAGGCUUCUUUGGAUUUGGCAGUCCUAAGUCUCAGCGUGCCGCCUCAAAAGCAACUGAAGCUGUGACUGGGAAGGUGUUGGGAUUUGGAUCUUCUCUCUUCAGCUCAGCAUCCACUUUGAUAACAUCUGCAGUUCAGGAGCAGUCGGUACCGAGCACCCGUAAAAUGUCUGCCCCGCAGGUCUCUGGAAGAACGUCAGAAUUACAGACUUCACCAAAGUCCAGCCCUCCAGUUUCUCCAAAGAAACCUGUACCAGGGACCCGGAAAAUGUCGGCCCCACAAGUCUCUGGCAAAAUGUCAGAAUUAAAGAUAUCUCCAAAGUUCAGCCCUCCCGUUUCUCCAAAGAAGGAGAAAGAAAAGGAUUUAAAACCAGAUGCUGAUCAAAAACCACAGGUGGAAAAGAUCACAGCUCAGCCUGAGCAGGUCAAAACUCCUGCAUCAGAAGAGACCGCAGGAGAUAAAUGUCCAUUACAACCUGAAAAAGCCGAGGCUGCCACGAAAGUGGGUGAAUCUACGUGUCCGCUUUGUAAGGUGGAACUUAACAUGGACUCCAAAAGUCUUACCAACUGGAGCACUUGCACUGAAUGCAAAACUGUUGUCUGCAGCAAGUGUGGAUUUAGUCCCAUGCCAAACUUAACAGAGGUGAAGGAGUGGCUGUGUCUCAACUGCCAGAUGCAGAGAGCCCUUGGUGCUUCUGAGCCUCCAGGCCUUCCUAUGAUGAAACUACAACCCUCGCCAAGCAGAGAGGUUCCUGUCGCCACACAGAAGGCAGAAACCUCAGUGUCUACUCCGCAACAAGACACCUUCAAGCAAGAUGCGGCCAAAACUGAGCCUGCGGCUGUUGCUGCAACAAAGAAGGACGACUCGUUAGUCCUGAGCACACAAACAAAGGAGGAUGCUCCAAAAGAUGCUCCUUUGCCUGACAAAACCAUUUCUUCCACUGUCACAAAGACUGACGUUUCACCAGCUUUAUCAAAGUCUUCAACAGAGAUCGCGAAAGGACAGCCCAGUGUACCUCAGCAACAAGCUCCACCAGUUCAGACUUCUUCUAAGCCGGCUGCUUUGCCAGAUACAAAGAAGGAAAAGUCACCUCCACAACAGCCUCCAAAAGCAGAGGUCACUCCAGCUAAGUCUGUAACACCACCCGUUCAGCCGGCGAAGCAGGAGUCAGGAGGCUUCUUUGGCUUUGGUGCUCCUAAAGCUCCGCCCACUGCGGCAAAACCUGCAGAGUCUGUAACAGGGAAGAUGUUUGGCUUUGGUUCAUCUUUCUUGAGCUCAGCAUCCACUUUGAUAACUUCUGCUGUCCAGGAUGAACCUAAGACGACACCACCGACUCCACGGAAGAUGUCUGCAGCAGGCAGCGUCUCCCCGAAAGCUACGCCACCCGUAUCGCCUAAGAUCACGCCUGCAAAGGACUCCAAGCCACCUGUUACACAGAAGCCAGAGAUGGCACAACAAGAAAAGACACCAUCAACACCUCAAGUGGACAAAACUCCUGAACUCGAUAAGAAACCAGCAGAGGCCCAAGCUGCUCUGAAGGCAGAUCAAUCCAUCUGUCCACUCUGUAAGAUCAAGCUCAAUAUGGGCUCUGCAGAGCCUCCGAACUACAACACCUGCACAGAAUGCAAGGCGACUGUCUGCAACCAGUGUGGAUUUAACCCGAUGCCAAACGUGUCUGAGGUGAAAGAAUGGCUCUGUCUGAACUGCCAGGUGCAGAGAGCCCUAGGAGCUGCUAAAGAGCCUGCUGGACCUGCUGUAGCGAAACGACAGCCCUCGCCAAGCAAGGUUUCUACACCGCCAAGCUCUGUGCAAGAGAAACCGAAAGAGAGUCCAGAAGUGCAGAAAGAGCUCACUAAAGCAACCCCACCGAAAGAGCAGGCCACUGAAGCGAAGGGUCCCAUGCCAACUGCAGCCCAGAAGGUGGUGGAAGCACCAAAGACAGAGACAGUUUCGGCUGCUGGAAAAGGAAAACCUCAGGAUGUGGCUGGCCCGAAGCAGCCAGCGGCAAAGCCUGCUCAAGUGCAGGAUUCUCAGACCACCAAGACAGAGGUGAAACCGCAAGCGCAACAGGACACAAAACCAGUGAGCCAACCUUCCAAACCUGCACCGGCACCGUCUCAGCCGGUUAAGCAGAAUGAAAAGCCAUCCACACAACAGCCUCCGAAAGCAGGAACCACUCCAGCUAAAUCUGUAACACCACCCGUUCAGCCUGCAAAGCAGGAGUCAGGGGGCUUCUUUGGCUUUGGUGCCCCUAAAACUCCGCCUACUGCUGUAAAAUCUGCCGAAUCGGUGAAAGGAAAGAUGUUUGGCUUUGGGUCAUCCUUCCUGACCUCGGCGUCCACUUUGAUAACUUCUGCUGUUCAGGAUGAACCUAAAACUACACCACCGACUCCACGGAAGAUGUCCACCACGGGCAGUGUCUCUCCUAAGAUUACGCCCCCAGUGUCUCCUAAGAUGGCACCUGCAAAGGACACUAAACCACCUGUGGCACAGAAAUCAGAGCCACCUCAGGCUAAGCCUUCGACCCCGGCACCAGGAAAAGUAGAGAAAGCUCCGCCACAGCCUCCAAAGCCCACAGAAGCAAUUCAGAGUGCUUCUAAAGCAGGUCUCUCCACCUGUCCGCUGUGUAAAGUUGAGCUGAACGUGGGCUCUAAGGAUCCCCCCAACUACAACACCUGCACUGAAUGCAAGAACACUGUCUGCAAUCUCUGUGGAUUUAAUCCAAUGCCCCAUACAGCAGCGAAGGAAUGGCUGUGUUUGAACUGCCAGACUCAAAGAGCUUUGUCAGGACAGCUUGUAGACGCAGAAAAAAUGCCUCAACCUGUAUCCACCAAACCAGAAAAGACAGAGCCCAAACCUGCUCCAGCGAAAGCCGAGCCCACAGCUGGAGCUACGAGAUCACAGCCUGUGGCCGCGACUGUCGAGGCGGUACCAACAGUUCCUACUUCAAAAGCAAAAGUUGAGUCAGCGUCUGUCAAGAUGGAAGCAGUCGCUACAGCAGUACCCGUUCAGAUUGAGCCCAUACCCACCACGGCAAAGGUUGUACCCGUGACAGCAGGAAAACCUUCAACAGCAUCGACAACAGAACCCCCUCCCAACCUGACGGCGCAAAUAGUACAGCCAGAAACAUUGCCAAAGGCUGAAGCACCAGAAAUCCCUGUUCAACCCAUGGAAAAGACAGAAGUGAAGAAAGUUGUUGCUGUGAAAGAAUUUCCCACAGCUCCAGAUUCCAAACCAGACAUUCAACAAGGUGAAGUGGUUGAAAAUGCAACUCCCUCCUUGCCCUUGGCGGAGGCAGAAGUCGUGCCCACAUCUUCUGUUGCCGUUGAGCUUGAAAAGGCUGCAACUGAAACAAAACAAGAGCAGCCUGUUCCAGAGAAGAUUGUCAAGGAUGACAUAGAGACAAAGCCAACACAAACUUUGCAGCAAAAUCAAGUGCAACCCAAGUCUCAAGAACAGCAGGCUGUGAAGGAAGGAGAACCUGCCGUGGCCUUCGAUUCUAAGGAACUGGCAGCAAAGUCAGUCAAAGAGAUACCCACCAUCGCCUCUACUCCAGUCUCUCAACCUCUGUCUAAGGAGCUUGUUACAAUACAAGUAGUGGCUCAAACCAGACAGGGCCAUGUAGUCAUAAUAGUACCAAGUGUAGACAAGCUAUCUCAGUCUGGUCAAACCACUCAAGACAAAGUGCUGAGGAGUACUGCUUCGCCUCUACAAGGUACUCAAAUAACCACACAUCCAACUGCAGCUAUACCUAGUGCAGUUGUAUCAUCACCACUGACAGCAGUCUCAUCAGUCCAGGUAGUUUCAGCUCCACCAAUGCCAUCUAAACCUACAGUAGGGGCAAAGCCUGCACACACAGUUGAAGUACCUGUUAUGGAUCCAACUCAAUUCCCUCCUUCUACAUCACCCAAACCAACGGUGUGUCCAAAACCAUCAAUUCCCAGUGCAAUAACAACUUCCACAGAGAUAAUAACACCAAUUGCUGUCACUACAACUGUUGCAAGUCAGAUGACCAAGCCUCCCCCUCCGAUACCACCUAAACCUAUAUCAAUACCUGCUGGACUAGUUUUCAGCCACAAACCAGGUGAGAGUGUCAAGCCACCACCACCUCCAGUUGCUCCUAAAGCUGCAACACUUCCUCGGACUAAAGAACCUCCAAACGCUCUGUCUCUUAGUCUGACAAGACCUGUGGAGUCUAAGUUGGGUACAACUUCUCCAAAGUCACCUUUGUCUCCGAGACAUGCCAAAUGUUUACAAACCUAUGUGGUGAUAACACUUCCAUCAGAGCCUGGCUCACCCACAGAGGCCAUAACAGUUCAGGCACCUUUAAGACGAGGAUCUAUCCCUGCUACCAAGGUGUCAGGAGUGCGGACCACACCAUCGGAGCAAAAAACACCAACCGAGGCGUUUUCAGCACAGGCUACAGUUCGAAGAGCAUCUGUUCCCACAGUAAGACAGCCACCUCCAACAGCAAUAGCUCCAACUGCGGCAGUAGAGCAAGUGACAACCUCUGACUUUGCUCUGAAUGAAGGACAAGUAAGGAAAGAAACUGUGCAACCUAUUCUGCCUGUGGUGGAUAUCACUGAAUUAUCAACAAAUCAGAAUACUUCUAUUCAGUUACAUACUGUACCUCCUCCAAUUAAGAAACCAUAUGUAGAACAGCAACAAUCCAUCACUCAGUCAAUACCUCCUCCUAAACCUGAGACCAUUACAGUACCAGCAGAACCAGAGGUUGUUAUCCAACCACAAACCACACAAGCUCUAGCAAAUGUACAGCAUGUAUCACCUGUUCAUCCAGGGGGCCCCGCUGAAGCACAAGUUCCUCAGGCUCCGAUGCAAAUUCCAUCUGUGGAGUCUGGGGCUCUGACAGAAGUUGUUACUGUGCCACUACAAUCAGAAGGAUCUUUAAAUGUACAACUCCAAGAUAAACAACCAGCAGUUCACUCAACUGUUACUUUUCCCCAAGUAGAAACACAAGUAGAAAUAAUACAGAAAGAUCAUGACAUAGCUACUGGUGACACUGUCAAAGAGGCUGUUCAGUUAAGAUCACCUUUGCCAGAAGUAACUCCCGAUGUUGCUGUUCAACAGCCAAUUCCUGUGUUUGAACCAGCAACACAGUACAAAGAGCUUGAAGCAUCGACAGGUUAUAACAAUACUCAAGCAAUUUCUGAAUUUUCAUCAUUUACACAAUAUGUUCCAUCCUUAGAAAUCCUGCCUUUAGCAAGGGAGCAGCAAUCGUUGCAUCAACCAAUUCUUUUAAGUGAAGUUGUGACCCUUCCUUCGAAUGACUUAGCCACAGAUAUUAUUGCAAUUGACAGGGAUAUCCUACCAGAAGAAGUAUCAGUGUCUCAAGCCCUGCCUGCAACAGCUGUAGUUGCCCCAAUACCUGAAAUAGCUAAGACUAUGACUCCCUCUACAGCUGAAGCGUCACUGGAUGUUCAACAAAUUGCAACAUAUCCAAAUGUACCCUCCACUCCUUAUAUUCAACAAGUCCAGAGACCAAUUCCAUCCCCAGCAAUGUCAUAUUCAGUGCCCCCUCUGGAAGCCACAGCAUUCCGAACUGGAUAUGAGACGCCGUCCCAGAUUGCAACAACAGAUAAUGAUGGAAAAUCUCCAAUGUCAACUUCUGAAAUUCAACAGCCACUGGCAGGGAUGCCAGGUGUUACAACGGAAGCAACAACCAGUAGAAGGAGAACAUCCAUAUCAUCAGUUAUUCAGCCACCAUAUACAAGUGAGAUAUCUGCCUAUUCCUCUGGUUUUGAAAUUCCCACACAAGUGGUUACAACAGAACAAUUUGCUACCACUAGGAGAGAAUCCAUAACUAUGCCACACUCAUUACCAUCAGGGCAAGUAGUAAACAUGCCUGCUGAAAGGGAUGUUUCUAUUGAUGGUUAUGGUGUUCAGGCUCCCUACAGAAGAGGAUCCAUUCCUUUCACUGAACAACAACCACAAGUAUUGACUUAUUCAUCUGAAUAUGAUCACCCCCUGGAGAUAAUAACCACUGAAGCAUACACCAGGAGAACCUCAAUACCCAGUGUGCAGGACAUUCAACAAGGAGUAUCUGUGGCCCCGGUGACUAUCACAAAAAUUCAGCAAGAGUCUAUUGAGAGCCAAGAAAUAAGGGGUCCUGAAAAGGUAGUCUCUAGUAUGAGUCACAUGUAUUCUUCAUCAAUUUCCACGUCAGGCCAGCCUCCGGAAAGCCUCCCUAGCAGGGUCACUCAGGUGGUUACGACUGAAGUCCAGAGAACCACUGUUUCUGUUGUCCAUGAAAGAGUUCCACAAGUGCCUCCUAGUGUAGGAGUCACUAUACAACCAGACAUAGCAAAGGUCCAACCUGUGACCAAACAGAAUGGUAUUUAUCCUGGGGAUGUUAUUGAUUUGCGCACUAUGAAAGUUGGUGUAAAGAUGACUGAGCAAGGCAUGGACCUGACUCCUCCAGAAUCAUGUCGACACUCAUUUUCAAGUGACUCCAGUGGACGUCAAAUUACAGCAGUGCAACCUGAGAUAGUAAAUCUCAGUGCAGAAAUCACCCCUGCAACCACAUUAUCUGUCGUUACUGACAGUAUCACAAUAGUAACUUGUACUGCCACCAUUGCUUCAUAUCAAAAUACUCCUGCAGAGAAGCCACUUGACUUACAAGGCCCUGUCACAUCAUCACCUCUACCUCUCACCACAUACAAACCCUUUGAGCCAUUAGCACAAAUUGUGUACAGACCUGUGAACACCCAACCAAAAGUCAGUGCUAUGGCAUCUACAGCUCAAGACAUACCCAUUAACCUCUCCUUUGAAGCACUGGUCUCUGCUGAAAGGAAGCAUCCUGCAUCUUCAGCACCAAUCAUCAUGGGCACAGGAGGGCAUGUUGCUUCCCUGGAGGCCACAGGGGCCAUGGAUUUAUCAAAUUAUAGACCAGUAAGAGCUAUGGUGGCUUUGUCUGGAUCAAGUCCAGGAGUGGUGACCACUGUUGUUGAAGAUGAUGGGACUCCAGUGGAUCUUACAGCUGGUCGGAGGAGUGUGUGCUGCGAUGUGAUUUACAAGCUACCGUUUACAGGAAGCUGCAGGACACAGCCUCCAGUUACAACGCAGCCUGACAACAGUUUUGGCUACAGAGAAGGCUAUAAUCAAUAUGAUGAUGGUGGAAUAUAUGGAACCAAAGGGACUGAUGGUUUGAAAGCGUCAUUGUCUGACACCAACAUGACUGAAGCAGGCAUGUUCUCUCCAAAGAAUGACUAUGACUACCUCAGUGGGUCUUCAGAUGCUGCGAUAGACCUCACAGCUGCCAAACUUUCUGCUGGUAAAGCACUAGACUACACUAGCAAAGCUGCUGGCCUCUACCCUGUGAUGACUUCCACUCCAUACUCCCAAGUUUCUGCUGUAGGGUUUGGUGUAAAUAGUGCACUAAGAACCUCAGAUGGAAUAGUUUAUUCCUCUGUGUCUGCCCCGGUUCCCUCCACAUAUGCAAUUACAACUCAGCCAGGCUCCAUCUUUAGCACUACCAUAACGCCAACAUCAACGGUCCAGAACCAGUCACUGGCACAUCCAUAUGGGUUCAUUCCAACUACAGACCCAGGACAGAUUAUUCCUUUUGACACUGGGCUACCUAAAGAGCUUCUACCAUCAGCCUUGGCUGAUAUCAUAACUGGCUAUCCAGACAUGUAUUCAGACACCACCUUGGAAGCAAUUGCAGCCUCACUUGAUGCCUUAGCAUCUUCCCCAAUUUUCCCUGGCUUAGACAAUGCCAAAAUGGCUCAGUAUCAAAUGGAGAGAGAGUUUCUAGAGCUAGAGAAGCUUAAGCAGCUUUGUCUCGCAGAGGAGCUGGAGUGGGAAAGGCAGGAAAUCCAACGAUAUCGAGAACAGGAGCAGAUUAUGGUUCAAAGGGAGCUUGAAGAACUUCAAGCUCUGAAACAGCAACUUCUCCUUCAGCAAGAAGAAGAGCAUCACGCCCACAUGGUGGCCCAGCAAGAGACCUAUGCCCAGCAAAAAGAACAACUUCAGCAAAUCCAACAACUCCAGCUGCAACUCCAGAGGCAGCUAGAUGAGCACUACAAUACUUCUGGUUCAACGGGGAACUUAUUAGAUGCAAAAUAUGCAGGAGUAGGGGACAGUGGCCAGUACUGGCCUGUUAAAGAUGAGUCAGCAACUCCAACUUUUGGGACACAUGCAGAGGAAGGGCAGGACCACCUUAAUCUUGUAAAUAAGCUGCAAGCAGAUCAUGACUUGGGGAAGAAAAUAAUUGACAGUGGCGUGCAAACAGAUGACGAAGACUCAGCAGAGAAGCAAAAUGUGGGAAGGAGAAAGAAAAGUAGGAGAAACACUGAUAGCUCAGCUCAGACUGAUGACGAAGACCAAGACGAAUGGGAUGCUCCCACAAAAGCUCGAAGGCGGUCUCGAAAGCACAGCAGUGAGGGAAAGCAUGGCUCUAAAGUCUCCAGUAUUGCUAUUCAGACAGUGGCAGAGAUAUCUGUCCAGACUGACCACUCUGGGACAAUCAAACGGCCCAAUGUACAGAUGGAUACAAAGGUAGAAAUCGUCAAGCAUAUUUCAGCUCCAGAAAACUCUCAAAGAGGUGGCAGUCUGAGCUGUCAAACAGAUUCAGACAGAAGACAUACACCCAUUGAAGUUGGCUACAGCACACACCUGACGGCAGAAGUUCCUUCUAAGUCGAAGGUUUUCUACACAGCUGUUUCACCACUGUCUCCUGAGAAGUCACAUGGAGGCCAGAGAAUGUUGACAGCUGACCCAAACAGGUUCUCUUCAGGCCCGCGGAUAUUAAAGUCUGGCCAAAAAUCUCUGUCUGAUCCAAAAUCCCUAAGUCCUUCGACAGAUGACAGGAUGGGUGGAUACUACGCAGACAGCUAUUCUAGUCGAGGAUCUCCAUCUGGCACAGGCAAGAAGGUAAAGCGGACGCUUCCAGACCCACCUCCCGAGGACGACUCUCUGACGGGACGGGCGGGCUACAGUACUGGCUCCGCUCGUCGCCGUCUUGCCCGCAGUACAACAAUGGCCCGGGCAAAGAUUCUGCAAGACAUUGAUAAGGAACUUGAUCUUGUGGAGAGAGAAUCUUCUAAACUUCGCAAGAAACAGGCUGAGCUCGAUGAGGAGGAAAAAGAAAUUGACGCUAAGCUACGGUAUCUGGAAAUGGGUAUCAACCGUCGUAAGGAGGCUUUGCUGAAAGAGCGAGAGAAGAGAGAGAGAGCCUAUCUCCAGGGCGUUGCAGAGGAAAGAGACUACAUGUCUGACAGUGAGGUUAGCAACAUCAGAGAAGCCAGAGGUGAUGGCCUUGAGAGACCACGGACGGCUCCGCAGUCUGAAUUUGACCAGUUCAUCCCCCCGCAAACAGAAGCUGAUUCUCAGUAUAACACUUUAACUAGUCCCUACUCUCACUAUGCUCAGUAUGUUCCUCAGACCCAAACAACCAGCCACUAUACCCAGCAGAACCUGUAUCAGCAGCAGUCCCUUUACCACCAACAGGUGUCUCCUUAUCCAACAUUAUCUCUCACCCAUGGACAGGCUCAACCCAGCAGCUACCAACAUGCUCUGCUCUUGCAACAAGGAAAGCAGCGACAAACCAAUCUCUCAGAUUUAGAGCCCAAAAUCACAACCAACUAUGAGGUUAUCCGCAACCAGCCUCUGCUGAUUGUGCCAACCUCCACAGAAAGUGGCUAUGGGGUAGCUCACCUGGGGGGCAAGUAUGGCAGCUUGGAUUUGAGACUCGGGCUGGAGGAGAGAAGUAUGGCAUCAAGUCCUAUGUCGAGCAUUUCUGCUGACUCAUUCUAUGCUGACAUUGACCACCAUAAUGCCAGGAACUACGUGCUGAUCGAGGAUAUAGGAGAACUCACCAAGGCAUCGACAGGGUUGAGCAACACUGGCUUGGGAUCGGGAUUCAACCUGCCGGAUAAGGAGUUGUCCAAGGCCGACAGACUACUCAGGGCAGCAGAAGUCAGACGCACAGCGGAGGUGGCUGAGUUUUUAGGAUCAUCUCGGCUUCAGGGAUAUGGCAAAGGAGAAGAUGACACUAUGGAAGAGCCUUAUGAACUGAAGCUAUUGAAACAACAAAUCAAGCAAGAGUUCAGGCGAGGAACUGAAGGACUAGAACAAUUAACAGGACUUGGCUUGCCCCAAUAUAUCCACAGUGAUAGCAGUUUACGCCACUUUCCUAAAGGAGAGAAAUAUAGUAUUGGCAGACUCACCCUUGAAAAACAGGCUGCCAAGCAACUUCCAGCAGCUAUGCUCUACCAGAAACAAAUGAAGAACAAAAAAGCCCUAAUAGACCCUAAAGCUAUCACCAAAUUUUCACCAAUUCAAGAGAGUAGGGACCUUGAGCCCGAAUUUGGUAGUUACAUGGGAUCUGGGGCAUCCUCUGUAUCAAGUCUGGCUGCAAGGGCUAGGUUGCUUCAGGAUGAGAUUACAUUCGGACUAAGAAAGAAUCUGUCUGAGCAGCAGAAAUAUCUGGGCUCCUCUCUGGGGGCCAACCUUUCUGGAUCCCUUAAUCUUGGUCAGUCUCUUGGACUUGGAUCCGCUAUCAGAGCUUCUGCUCAGGAUGACGGCACCUACCCAAGUGGCAGUCGAUCCCGUCCCUCCUCUCGGCCCUCAUCCGUCUAUGGUUUGGAUCUAUCCAUCAAACGGGAUCUAUCCAGUUCCUCACUCAGACUCAAAACAGAGGGAGACGUCCUGGAUGCGGCAUUCGCCCCUGGAGUGGCGAGAACGAAACCCACUAGUUUACCCAUUAGCCAAAGCCGGGGUCGUAUCCCCAUUGUCGCUCAGAACUCGGAGGAAGAAAGCCCCCUGAGUCCGGUGGGGCAGCCCAUGGGUAUGGCUAGAGCCUCAGCUGGUCCUCUUCCUCCCAUUUCCGCUGACUCCAGGGAUCAGUUUGGAUCCAGCCACUCCCUGCCUGAGGUGCAGCAGCAUAUGAGGGAGGAAUCUCGGACACGUGGCUAUGAUCGAGACAUUGCAUUCAUCAUGGAUGACUUGCAAGGCGCCAUGUCAGACAGUGAAGCUGGAGGCCCAAACUGGAAUAUAGAAGCCUACCACCUGAGGAGAGAAGACACAGACUGGUUUGAUAAACCGAGAGAAGGACAUCCACAAAGCGGAAACGUGUUGGACAGGAGACAGAUGAAACUGGUCCCUUAUGCCUUCCCUCACACUCGCAUCAAGCUUAAGAGAGACGUGAAGGACAGCAGUGUGUCAGGAAAUGGACUUGGGAUCCGUGUGGUGGGUGGGAAAGAGAUUCCAGGGAGCCGCGGAGAGAUCGGAGCUUACAUCGCCAAGGUCAUCCCCGGCGGUGUGGCAGAGCAGACGGGAAAAGUUGUGGAGGGGAUGCAGGUGUUGGAGUGGAAUGGAGUUCCUCUGACGGGGAAGACCUAUGAAGAGGUGCAGUGCAUCAUGGGCCAACCAUGUGCCGAGGCGGAGAUCUGCGUGAGACUCGACCUUAAUAUGCUGUCUGACCCCGAGCACCCACAAGCCCUGGAGCACCAUAUCCAGCUUAAGGCUGGUGGGCAGCGUUCUCCCGGCGUGGAUCCUAAACAGCUCGCUGCAGAGCUGCAAAAGGUGUCGCAGCAGCAGGGUCCCGGCAUGGCGGGGGCAGGAGUUGGACCGGGCGGCCUGGGGAUGCUUUCUGCGUUGGAACGCUCCGCCCUCCUCCACUCGGGCACCGGAUCAGCGGCCUCCAGCGGGGUGCCGAGCCCUGGCCAGCCUGCAUCUCCUGCCAUCAGCAAGAAACAGCGACACAAGCCGGAAAUAAUGAGGAUGCCUCCUCCAAUCAGCGGGGAAAUUCAGCUCCAGAUCAACUAUGACAGGAACCUGGGGAACCUCAUCGUCCACGUGCUGCAGGCCAGAAAUCUCGCUCCAAGGGACAAUGACGGCUACUCAGACCCCUUUGUGAAGGUCUACCUGUUACCCGGGAGAGGCCAAGUCAUGGUUGUCCAGAAUGCAAGCGCCGACAACAAGAGAAGAACCAAGUAUGCACAGAGGACCUUGAACCCGGAGUGGAACCAGACUGUCAUCUACAAGAACAUUCAUUUAGAACAGUUAAAGAAGAAGACACUGGAGGUGACGGUGUGGGACUAUGACAGAUCCUCCGCCAAUGACUUCCUCGGAGAGGUGCUAAUUGACUUGUCAAACACGGCCCAGCUGGACAACACUCCCCGCUGGCUGCCUUUAAAGGAGCAGAGUGAGAGCAUUGAGCACAGCAGAGCACACCAUGGUACCCAAGGCCCCCCCGGGUCGGGUCAGGGUCACGGUCAGACACACAGCCUGGGCCAGGGUCACAUGUCAGUACCAGGACAGGGGCACGGAUACGGACAGGGUCAAGCGCCGGGGCUGGGAGACGGGAGUCAAGAUUCGCCGAAAAACUCAGUAAUCAAGAGCCGAAGCCACGGGAUCUUCCCCGAUCCCGCCAAAGACAUGCAAAUGUUACCUUUGGAAAAGUCACACAGCAGCCCAGGCAGCUCCAAGUCUUCCUCUGACGGCCAGCUGCGCUCGCAUGGCCCCUCCCGAAGCCAAAGCAAGAGUAGCGUCACUCAGGCCCACCUUGAGGAUGCUGGGAUAGCCAUUGCUGCUGCCGAGGCUGCCGUGCAACAGUCCCGCCUGCAACCAAGGCCCGGACACAGGCUGGGGGACGUCUCAGGGUCGGUGGUGCUGUCCGCCCCGAGUCUCGUUGGAGACGCCUACGGUGAUGAAGGGGAUGAAGGGGCGGGCACCGGAGUGGACAGUGCCAUUUUUCAAGUGCCACGCAUCGGCAAAGCUAUUCCUAACGGCACGGACAAAAACCAGCUCGGAGGAGGUUCAGACAAUGAAGGUGGAAAAACACAAGUAAUGGGUGAAAUCAAGGUGGCUCUCAAGAAGGAAGUGAAGACCGAAGGAGACCAACUGGUCCUGGAGAUCCUCCAAUGCCGAAACAUCACAUACAAAUUCAAAAGCCCCGACCACCUGCCAGACCUUUACGUGAAGUUGUACGUGGUGAACGUUGCUACUCAGAAGAGGAUCAUUAAGAAAAAGACCAGAGUUUGUCGACAUGACAGGGAGCCGUCGUUCAACGAGACCUUCAGAUUCCCCCUCAACCCAACUGGACACUCCAUACAGCUUUUCCUGGUAUCGAACGGAGGGAAGUUUGUGAAGAAAACCCUGAUAGGAGAAGCCUACAUCUGGCUGGACAAGGUGGACAUGAGGAAGAGGGUGGUCAGCUGGCACAAGCUGUUCGUCAGCUCCACUCAGACCAACCCCUGAGCGCCACUCCAAAGACGACGUGCACGUGCAAUAGAUCACCGAGAGGUAACCGAAGAGAGCCGGGUUCAGCGAGGAAAC